AUGGCCCCAGCUCCUACAACUGCUCUGGCCCCAGGCCUUGCAAGGAAAGUCAACAAGAUACUGGCGACGAGAACGGAGUCCCCAGAGAUCCUGGGAGCCUUGAGCACGCUGUCAGGUUUCUAUGAGGAGAACACACCUGUGGCAAGGAGGCGGUUGCGCACCACCAUAGAGCAACACGGCCUGGGGAUCAAUGAGCAGUUCCUUGCAGCUGCUGAGGCCAUCAUCAAGGCGCUGGAUGCAGCUCAGGCUGACCUGGACGCGCUGGCGGGGGGCUGCGCUCGCAUCAACGGCGCGCUGAUGUCGUCGCGCGCAUCAGCGAUGGAGAUGCUGGCUGAGACGGAGCGCGUGGCGCGCGAGCUGGCCGCCAGCGAGACGAGGUCUAAAUUGGUGGACGCGUUCCUUCAGCAGUAUCAGCUGACGCCCGAUGAGGUCACCGCUCUGCAGGGGCAACAGAUAGGGGAGCCGUUCUUUGUGGCGCUGGAGCGGGUGAGGGGGAUCCACGGCAACUGCCGUUCCCUCCUGCGCACCGCGCACCAGAGGGCCGGCCUGGAGCUCAUGGACCUUAUGUCCUCCUACCAGGAGACCGCCUACGAGCACCUCUGCAGGUGGGUGCAGGGUGAGUGCCGGCGGCUGGGCGACGCAGAUGCGCCGGAGGUUGACUCGGUGCUGCAGCGCGCGGCCGCGGCUCUGCGUGAGCGCCCGGUGCUGUUCAAGUACUGCGCCGAGGAAGUCGCGCAGGCGCGCCACAACGCGCUCUUCCAACGGUUCAUCGGGGCGCUGACGCGCGGCGGCCCGGGCGGCAUGCCGCGGCCGAUCGAGAUGCACGCGCACGACCCGCGCCGAUUCGUCUCCGACAUGCUCGCCUGGGCGCUGGCCUCGGAGCGCGAGCUGCUGGUGUCGCUCUUCGGGGCGGAUGAAGGCGUUCCCUCCACAGCUGCUGACCACGCGCCAGAUCAGGCGCGCGGCAGCUCCGGCCGGCUCCUCGACGCCGUUUCUCCGCGCGCGGCAGCGGCCGGCAACGAGCCGCCCAAGACGUCUGCGCUUCUGGACCAGGUCUUUGAGAGCAUCUGCCGCCCGCUCAAGGUGCGUAUCGAGGGGAUGCUGAUGGCAGCGCCGCCGCUGCUACUGUGCUUCCAGAUAAGCCAGCUGCUGGCCUUCUACGCGCGCACGGUGGCCGGCCUCAUCGGCGCGCACAGCCGCCUGGCCGACGCGCUGACCGCCUGCUGCAAGCUUGCGCGCCGCGUCUUCGCCGAGCAGCUCAAGGCCCGGGGGGACCGCAUGCUCCGCUACCCGCCCGCGCCCCCCGCCGACCUGUCCCCCCCGCCGCAGGUGGCGGAGAGCCUGGGGCAGCUGAUGGAGAUAGUGGCGGCCUUCGAGGAGUCCUACGAGGCGGACGGCGGCGCCGGCGGAGCGGCCAGCAGCGAGGCCGAGUUUGCGCCGGUGCUGGCCGCUGCGAUCGACCCACUUGUGGAAAUGUGCGAGCGAUCCGCCGAGGCGCUAACACCUGACGCGCCCACCAGGGUGGACGAGCGGAGCACGCUGUCCCCGAGCGCGAAGCAGGUCUACCUGACCAACUGCCUGUCGGCCAUGGCGGCUGCGCUCGGCCGCCGCGCAUGCUGCGCCGGCCGCGCGGCGGCUCUGGCACGCGCUGCGGAGGGCCACAUGGCGCGCUUAGUCGGCGGCGAGGCCGGCGCCCUGCUGGCGCGCUGCGGCCUGGCCGAGAUCGCCGACCGCGUCCGGCUGUACACGGCGGGCGAGAAGCUGGCGGAGGGUGCCGUAAUGGCGGCCGAUCCGUCGCUGCCGCUGGCGCGCAUCUCGGGGGCGCUCCACGCGCUGUUCGCCAUGCUCUCAAACCCCGACACCCUCCCAGAGUUCCGCACGCUGCAGUCGCCCCGGCUGCGCGCUGACGCGACGGCGCGCGUUGCGGCGGCGGUGGCGGCUGCGUACGAGGCGGUGCAUUCGGCGGUGGCCGACACCGGCAGCGGCUAUGCCGGGCAGCCGGGCUUCGAUGCCGCUCUGGAGCACAGCCCCGAGCACGUGCGCACCAUUCUGGGCGUGCUCGGCUGAGGAUUUUUUGAUAUGAAAACCCCUGAGGGGUCAUGAACAUGAAAUGCUACGGGUCGGAGGUUGCAAGACCUUGCACAGCAUCCUGGGCUUGCUGGGCAGAGGGGUGAAACCUGGAGUAAGCCGGAGGGGUGAGGAAGUCUGAUGCAUGUAUGCACCAUUCUGGCCGUCUCAGUGGGCUGAGAGCAGGGCGGAAGGCGGUGCUGCAUGGGUGACAUGAGGGGGAGGUUGACGUGACUGCUUUGAUGUCUUUUGCUGAUUUCUUCAACAAAGCGAGAAGCUGCUGACUGCCAGUGGAUGUUCUCAACACACGCGAAGAUGCCAUACUUGUGUUUUGGUAGUUUUCGAAGAUCGCGGUGAAUUGUGCGCUCGGCGCUGCGUGCGUGCGCAGCUUGGGGUAAUAGUUGCAGGGCAGCAGUAGCCUCGGCACAUGGUAACAAUUAAUUUCU